AUGUUGGCAUUGGUAGGGGGAGAAGGUGAUAUGGAGCAAGAAUUUGAUGCAAAGCUAAAGAUUCAGAACAAUUCAGCUAAUACUCAGAGAUCUAAGAGCUUUGCAUUUAGGGCACCACAAGAGAAUUUUACAAUUCAAGAUUUUGAAUUGGGGAAGAUCUAUGGAGUUGGUUCUUAUUCCAAGGUUGUCAGAGCGAAAAAGAAAGAUACUGCGAAUGUUUAUGCCUUGAAGAUCAUGGACAAGAAGUUCAUCACUAAGGAAAAUAAGACUGCUUAUGUGAAACUAGAGCGUAUUGUACUUGAUCAGUUAGAUCAUCCCGGUGUUGUCCGACUAUUUUUCACCUUUCAAGACACUUUUUCACUGUACAUGGCACUUGAGUCUUGUGAAGGUGGAGAGCUUUUUGAUCAAAUAACAAGGAAAGGCCGUUUGUCUGAAGAUGAGGCACGCUUUUAUGCAGCUGAAGUUGUAGACGCUCUUGAAUAUAUACAUAGUAUGGGAUUGAUUCAUCGAGACAUUAAGCCAGAGAACCUGCUUCUUACUUCAGAUGGACAUAUUAAAAUUGCAGACUUUGGCAGUGUAAAGCCAAUGCAGGAUAGCAGAAUAACAGUCCUUCCAAAUGCUGCAUCAGAUGACAAAGCCUGUACUUUUGUGGGAACAGCCGCUUAUGUACCUCCUGAAGUUUUAAAUUCUUCUCCUGCGACUUUUGGAAAUGAUCUUUGGGCACUUGGCUGCACAUUGUAUCAAAUGCUUUCAGGAACUUCUCCGUUUAAAGAUGCCAGUGAAUGGCUCAUCUUCCAGAGAAUCAUUGCCAGAGAUAUUAGAUUCCCAAAUUAUUUUUCAAAUGAAGCCAGAGAUAUUAUUGAUCAGCUGCUGGAUGUUGAUCCUAGCAGAAGACCUGGUGCUGGACCUGAUGGUUAUGCUUCCUUGAAAAAUCAUCCUUUCUUUAGUGGGAUCGAUUGGGAGAAUUUGAGGUUGCAGACCCCUCCAAGGCUUGCCAUGGAGCCAAAAGCCCCGUCAACUCAUAGCAGUGGUGAUGAGCAAGAUCCUUCAUGGAAUCCAUCACACAUUGGAGAUGGUUCAGUUAGACCUAACGAUGGAAACGGUGCUGCUGCAUCAGUUUCUGAAGCUGGUAACAGUAUCACCAGGCUCGCAUCUAUCGACUCCUUUGACUCAAAAUGGAAGCAAUUUUUAGAUCCUGGUGAAUCCGUGCUCAUGAUCUCGAUGGUGAAAAAGUUGCAGAAACUCACAAGCAAGAAAGUUCAGCUAAUCCUAACAAAUAAACCAAAGUUGAUUUACGUAGAUCCCUCAAAGUUGGUGAUCAAAGGGAACAUUAUAUGGUCCGACAAUCCUAACGAUCUUAGCAUUCAAGUCACAAGCCCUUCACAGUUCAAGAUUUGUACACCAAAGAAAGUUAUGUCAUUCGAGGAUGCCAAAAACCGAGCACAACAGUGGAAAAAGGCGAUUGAAGCUCUCCAGAACCGGUGA